GAAAGCAGAAGGCCCAUUCAUCCAGUGCUCGGUGCUGACGGCAAACCUUUGCCGACAGAUGAAACCGGACAUCCACUGGGCAAGGAUGGAAGACCAAUCCCAACUGAUGCGAGCGGGACCCCGGUUGACUCAAAUGGACGACCCUUGCCUACGGAUAGCAGUGGACAUUACACAGUUUCAGGGGAAGAAGCUGGGGGAUUGCCUACCGAUGAAAGUGGUAACGUCAUCUACCCUGUGAUAGGACCUGAUGGAUCUCCCUUACCAACUGAUUCUUCUGGAAAUUAUGUCACUGAAAGAGGAAGUAUUAUUCCGAAAGACGAACAAGGAAGACCUCUAGGGCCUAAUGGGCAGGUGUUACCAACGGAUAGCUCCGGAAGUUACAUAUAUCCUGCACUAGGUCCCGAUGGGAAACCAUUGCCGACUGAUGAGUUCGGCUUUCCACUCCCAGAGGGCACAGAUGCUGAGUUGCUCCUCAAAUCCAAACAGUGUGCUGCUGGCGAACCCAGAACAGAGACAUUGCUCUUUAUUGUUGAGAGUUCCCAUAAAAGCUCCCUAUAUUUGGAGCCAAUCAAGAAACUGCUUAAGGCUUUUGUAAGCUCAAUACCAGAUAGCAGCAUGCCUAAGAUUGGCAAGAUAAUCUAUGCUGCCACGACGGAGGUCACGAUAGAUAUAGGACACUAUGCUGACAAGGAGGAACUCAUCAACUCCUUCGACGAAAUCAGAGAAAUCGGAGGUUCUCCAGACGCCAAUCUUGCUUUGAAGAUUGCGUUACAGCAUCUCCUUGAAGAAGAAAGAGGAACUACGGUGGUCCUUCACUUGCACGUAACACCUUUAAGACAGCUCGCUGGCGGAGGGUAUGCGAAGCAAGAACGUAAAGCUGGUGCAUCUCAACGAAGAGAUGUGGUCAAAACAGGAUCCUGA